UCGGGUCCUGGCUACAUCCACGACUCGCUUUGCGAGCUGCGCUUCCGCAUCUCCCCUACGGCGUUCUUCCAGGUCAACACCCCGGCGACAUGUGCGCUGUACAAGGUGGUCGGCGACUGGGCGGCGGCGGGGCCCUCCACGCUGCUGCUGGACAUAUGUUGCGGCACUGGCACCAUCGGGAUCACCCUGGCCGGCAGGGUGUCCAAGGUUAUCGGGGUUGACUCGGUGGCCUCAGCCAUUGAGGACGCCCGGGUCAAUGCCGCCCUCAACGGCAUUACCAACGCCGAGUUUGUGGCGGGCAAGGCGGAGGAUGCGCUGCCGGGCAUCCUGGCCGCGCACGCGGGCGAGGGGUCCCCCUACGGCCCGGGGGAUGUGGUGGCGGUGGCUGACCCGCCCCGCGCGGGUUUGCACCGCACGGUGCUCAGGGCGCUGCUGGGCUGCGAGCGCAUUCGGCGGCUUGUGUUUGUGAGCUGCAAUCCGGACAGCCUCGUACAGAAUGUGGUGGCGUUGUGCUGUCCGCCGGGUAGGGCGGGGCCCGGUUGCUCCUACACGCCGUUCCGCCCCGUGAAGGCCCUGGCGGUGGACCUGUUCCCCCACACCUCCCACGUGGAGGCGGUGAUGCUGCUGGAGAGGUGA